AAAUGAGCGUGACGUAUUGAGACUACCUGCGUUAUAAAUGAGCUCUUUGUGGCUGUUUAUCAGUUAGUCGAAAUUGUUUGAGUCGGCUCGACUUAACCUGAGAAAAGGAGUGAGUGAGUGAGUGAGCGAGCGACAGACAGACAGACAGACAGACAGACAGACAGACAGACAGAGCGAGAGAGAGAGCGAGAGAGACAGACAGACAGACAGGCCAGUUGCUGCCCAAACAGGUUUGACGAGGACACACCUGUAUAGAAAGAAUAGGAAGCUUUUGUUUGUCAGCUCCAUUUUGACCUCUGUGGACGACGAACGCUUCGGACGCGGCUUUCGACACUUUUUACAAAUUUUCUUUCAGCUUUCAAUUCUGCAAUGAAGAUGUGGAUUGCCCUUUUUCUUGCCGCCCUCGCUGGAGGAGCGUCAGCCCAAACCUGUUCAUGUAGCACUAUGAAGUGGGCCACUUGUGACGGAAAUCCUUGUGAGUGUUAUCUCUUGGUUGGUGAGCAGAUGAAGCAGACACUUGACUGCGAUGCGUUGAUCCCCAAGUGCUUCCUUAUGAAGGCUGAGAUGUACAGAGCCAAAAAAGGCCUGGAUCGUCGCGGUCUGGGUGGAAAGCCCGUGGAGACGGCUUUUGUGGACAACGACGGCAUCUAUGACCCAGAGUGCGAGAACGACGGUAAAUUCAAGGCCAAACAGUGCAACAACACAGAGGAGUGCUGGUGCGUCAACAGCGCUGGUGUUCGCCGAACAGACAAGGGAGACAAGAACCUCAAGUGUGAGAAGUUGGUGGAGACCUACUGGGUCCGUCUUCAGCUGACUCACAAACCAGUGACAGGUACUGUGGAUGCUAACCAACUGAAGGUGGCUAUGGCCGAUGCCAUCCACAAGCGUUACGAUAACUUUAAAAAAGACAUGAUGAAAGAGAUUGAGUAUGACCCUGAAGCCCGCAUGAUUGUGGUGGACGUGAUGAAGCCCAAAGGAGACCGCAUGAACGAUUUGACCAACAUGGCCUACUACAUGGAGAAAGAUGUGAAAGUGCUGCCACUGUUCAAGGACCAGGAGAAGUUUGAGGCUGUUGUGGGCAGCCAGAGGAUGGAGAUGGAGAACAUCCUGGUGUACUACGUGGAUGAAGAGGCACCGACAUUCACCAUGAAGAAUCUUACCGGUGGAAUCAUCGCCGUCAUCGUGGUGGUCGUUCUGGCCGUGGUGGCCGGCCUGCUGCUCCUGUUCUUCUUCAAAAGACGUCAGAGUCAGAAAUACAACAAAGCUCAGCAAAGAGAGCUGGAUCCCAUGUAAAUUCUUCAUAGCUGCAGGAGGCCUGAAAGAGUCAUUUUUGGAAGCACAUACCUGCAGUGGGCCAUAUAGCGUUCUACAUAAGGAAAAUGAAUUUUUGGAAAGGAACAAUCAACCUGCUCGUUUUUAUUGUGACUUUUCAUACUGCCUUCUAUUUAUAAACUGUGUAAAGUUCUAAGCACUCUUCCACCUUUUUUGCGUUGCUUCAAAAAGUAGUCAAAGUAAAUGUUGCAGUAAAAAUGUCACACUGUGCAGUGGUUUUAAUUCCUUAUUAGCUUUGUACAGUUUCUUACAAUUUUUUUUGGCUUGUUUUUAAUAAAAUGUUUUAAAGACUG